CACAAAAAAAAUUAUUAAAAAAAAGAAAAUUGACUUGACACAAUAAAAUUUUUCCCUAUUUCGUUCAGUUUAGAAACGUCAGUCGUCGAAGUUGUUAAAAUUCUCUGUGCACAGCCGAAAUUGAAAAGAACAAGUUCCAAGUGUUAUUUUUUUAAUUGGAAACGGAAAUUCCCAAUAUAAUUGCGGAGAGAAAGAACGUUCAAAAAUUAGCGUAAAAAAUAUUUUUUUUAUCACUUCGAGAGAUAAAGAGCAGCAAAAAGCCUAACGCGACACUCACACACACUCGUCAAAUUUAAUACGUGCGAGUUGAUUUUUUUACACAAAUUAUUACAAAUCCCGUAAAAAAGCGACUUUUGUCGGAAUUAGCGCAGAAAAGUUGAUCGAUUGUCGCGAAAUUUAGCAGAAAAAAGUGAUUUGUGGACGAAACAGUCGAAAAAUUCGGUGAAAAACAAGUGAUUACAUAAAAAGAGUUUGUAUCACACAUACCACAAAAAAAAAGUGAAUAAUUUUUUUUUGGAUCCAGUCGCAAAGAGGAUUAUUACAGCAACUCUCCGGAUUCUAAUUAACUCAACUUUUGCGUCGUAAUAAAUCGAAUCAGCACACUAAGCGAUGCCGCAAUCCGAUAAAAUCUACUUAUCACUGGAUAGUGACGGGGGAAGUUGUAGUAGAAAUAUCUAUAAUUCGACGACAACCCCGGCAGUGGGCGGCAAUGGCAACAACGGUGUCGGUAAUAGUAACGGGAGCUUGCUCGAUAGUGUCAAAAAGGUAAUUGAGCAUGCGAUUGUCGGGGAGAAGCAUGAAAAUGAGCUUUUGCUUAGUGGGCAGAGGAUGGAUCAAGGGGUCCGUAUUAUCGGGUCCAGAUCACAGUCACAGUUGGAUAAUAUUAGCAAGCGUGACACAGGCGUCUCCUCAGCUUCUGUACGGAAUCAAUCAUCGACAGUAACAAAUAAUUUGAUCAGAAUGCCAUCAGCACCAUCACACACUGCCGAAGAAACACGAUUGCUUGGCGCAAUGCCAGGCGAUCCCAUGGAUGAUAUUGAGCUCCGAUCUGUACAGUUACACAAUCCCGUCGCACGGACAGGAUCGUUAACAUCCAUUACUGAUCUUCGUAGAAUACAAACGGACAAAGGUGACCUUUUGGUAGCUGUCCAGGGAGAUACAACGAAGCCCGCCAUUCUAACGUAUCAUGAUUUGGGAUUGAAUUAUGCCACAAGCUUCGCUGGCUUCUUUAACUAUCCAUCGAUGCGGGGAUUGUUAGAAAACUUCUGUGUCUAUCACGUGAAUGCACCGGGACAGGAGGAAAAUGCUUCUACAUUUCCAGAAGAUUUCACUUAUCCAACUCUCGACGAAUUAGCGGCCCAAUUAUUGUUUGUAUUGUCACACUUUGGUCUUAAAUCGGUAAUUGGCUUCGGAAUUGGUGCAGGAGCGAAUAUUUUAACACGUUUCGCACUUCAACAACCAGAUAAGGUUGAUGCCCUUUGCCUGAUAAAUUGCAGUUCAACUGCUGCCGGAUGGAUAGAAUGGGGAUAUCAACUGAUGAAUGCCCGUAAUUUGCGUAGCAAAGGCAUGACACAGGGUGUUUUAGAUUAUUUGAUGUGGCAUCAUUUUGGACGCAAUCCAGAGGAGCGUAACUUGGAUCUUGUUCAGGUCUACAAGUCAUAUUUCGAGCGCUCGAUAAACCCCGUCAACUUGGCGAUGUUCAUCGAUGCGUACAUUAAACGAACAGAUCUGAAUAUUGCCCGAACCCCAUCAGGCAGUCCAACAAAUUCUGGUGUCACACUAAAAAUGCCAGUGUUAAAUGUCACUGGCGCCCUGUCUCCACAUAUCGAUGAUACAGUCACAUUUAAUGGGCGCUUAGAGCCCACAAAGACCAAUUGGAUGAAGAUCUCUGAUUGCGGUCUCGUCAUGGAAGAGCAACCGGGAAAACUUGCUGAAGCAUUUAGAUUAUUCCUGCAAGGAGAAGGAUACGCUGUUGGUGCAUUAAACCGAGUAGGUGCUAAGUUUGGUAGAAGCGCGUCACAGGAAAUUCUGGGUUGAUCUGCAAACAUGAAAAAAAUUGGUUUAAUUUAAUUUUAUAAAAUAUUUUUUUUUAUAAAUAAUUAUAUUUAACAUGUAAAAAUAUUGCUUUAUAUUACAAACAGAAAAAGAAGAAAAAAGCAGAAUUUAAUAAAAAAAAAUUAAGAAGCUGGCUUAAAAUCCAUUAAAAAAUAAAUAAAGCAUUAAAUAAAAAAAAAUCUUCUAAAAAUAAAAAAUUUAGAUUUAAAUAUUUUUAUAGUUUAUAGAAAUAAUAAAAAGCAUGCGAAUAUAAGACUUUUUUGGUAAUUAUCAUAAAAAUUAAUUAUUGCAUGAGUUUCAAAAGACGUUUUGUUAUUAAAUUUAAGUUUUCUUUAGUUAUAGUUAGUCAGUCAGU